UAAACCGCCGUCUCUUAUGCAGAGAAUAACUAAACGAAACCUACGAGCGCAGAAAGUUUACACAUGUAGCCUGGUAACUUAAAACUAUGAGGUUGCGGUAGUUAACACACGGUUUAUCCCAAAAGCAUGGAGGAGUUCAACACAUCUGUUCGUAUAUCGGGUUUCGUGUUGAGUUCACUGAUGUUUCAUCAUUUGAACAGUGAUGCGGAUGUGGAAGGUCUUAUUCUCGGAGAGAGUGUAGGAGAGGAGAACUGCAGGAUCACAGACUCACAAAUCGAUCACAUACAGUUUGAGCACACUAUAAAUAUUCAGAAACACAUCCCUUGUCAUAAACUCCAUAGCUUCUACAGUAAUGUCGGUGAUGUCAGUGAGGAGAAAAUAAGACAAAUUUUGUCUGAUUACCAAGAGGAGAACGUGAUUGGUUGGUACAGACAAAGAAGAAACACCAGACAGCAAAUGACCUUCAUGGAACAAGUGGUUCAUCAGAAUAUGAGAAAGAUUCUGUCCAAUCAGGAACUUGUUUUCAUGCUGCUCACACCGUCUCAGGCAACAGCAUCAGGCUCCACCCAUCGCCUUGAGUUCUCAGCUUUCAUUUGGCACAGCAGCCAGUACAUCAACAUCCCCAUCUUUGUGAGCAACCUGGGAAACCUUGAACAACAAGACUACUGGAGAGUGUCAGGCACAUGCCCAUCUUUAGGACAGAGUGAAGCUGUUAAUCAACACAGGACAAAAUUCUUCUGCUCAGGGGAUGAUUUAAAAGAGGUCAGAAAUAUCAGCAGCAUGAAUGAUGCCCUGUUAGGAGAUAUGCAGGAAGUGUGUGAGAAAGUGGAGAAGAGUGAAAGAGCAGUAGAGACACUUCAAGAAGAAAUCACACAGCUCAAGGAGGCAAUCAAGAAACAGAAGAGACUCUCAGAGGAAAAUGAAACCCAAAAACAUGCCCCUCCAGAUGAACCCAAAGAGAAUGUACUUCUGUGCUCUGCUCUCGGAACGCUCUUCCCCGAUGCACCUUCAUUACGGACACAAACCCUCACUGUUCAGGGUCGCCCUGUAUUAGAACUGUGCUGUAAUACUGACCAUAACAUUGAUAUUCCCACCAAGCUGCCUCUGAUUCUGGAGAAUCAACACACCAGAAAGAAGGACACAGCCCCCCGACUCAGGAAAAAAUGCCUUGUCGCUGAUUAUCCUCAAAGAUCUAAAAGGAAGAGGAAAACUAAAGACACCAGCGAGUCGGCCUCUGACAGCGGGUCAGAUACAGAGAUUGAGAUGAACGGACAGAACAGAAGUAUCUCUCCUACCUUUUAAAGAAUGAAACUGAGCCUGGUUUUAUUGGUACAGCAAUCUAGCCACGACUGGAAAGCAUUACACAUUUUAUACCUGGAGGUUGCCUUUAUCUUAAUAUGCGUUCUAUUUUGUUAAUUGUUUAAUAUUGUUUUUUAUUACUUUAUUUGUAAGUGUUUAUAAAUUCCUUGAAAAUUAAAUACUGAA